UUCAGUCGGGGCCAGUCGCGCGCCGACCGCUCUCGGGGGAACAUAGGCGCUCCGCGGACGUGCAGGGAGUCACGAGCGCUUUGCGAUGGCGCGAUGAAGACAGACAGGCGCGCGGCGUUGUGGGCCCUGCUGUGCCUGUGCUGUGCCGCCCUCGCCGCGCCGCGCCGCCUCUACUGCGACCGCGCCGACGUCGCCUGGCGGGCCUACCGCGCGCCGGCCGCCUUCGAGGCGCGCGUCCAGUCGCUGGCCCGCGACGCCGCCACCGUGCAGGUCAAGCGCGUCUUCCGCCACCAGGGCCACUGGCCGCACGAGGACGCCGUGCUGCGCCUCAAGCUGCCGCCCGACCACCUCGACUGCUCCGGCCGCUUCGAGGUGCCGCUCAAGAACCGCCGGAACUAUAUCGUGUUCGCCGAGCGGCGCGGCCACUCCGCCGUCGCGCUCGGCCCGCCCAUCAAGAGGACUAGCAAGUUGGUUAAGAGGAUUCGUGCUGUCUACAAGCCGGGUUACAGUAGCCCAGCUCGCGUGGAACCAAUGCAGUCGGUGCGGACAACACGCGGCAACCGGGUGCGACUGGAGUGCAAGGCAAGCGCACGGCCACCCCCUCGCAUCUCAUGGUAUAAGGACGGGAAACCCGUCGCCGAUAUCGCGUUAAGAAGAUUCCGGGUGCAGAAUUUCAGGAGGCGCUCGGUAUUAGUGAUAAGGCACGCGCGCAGUGAAGACUCCGCAGCGUACGAAUGCAGGGCGCAAGGCGCGGUGGGGCCACCGGCCAUCGCCAGCGCUAACGUCAGCGUUCUACCUCCAGUCACAGCCGCGCCUGAUGACUCGACGACGUUGGGCUCGCCAUGUCCGAUGCCCGAUCCGUCGUCAUACUGCCUCAAUGGAGGCACAUGUUUGUUCUUCGAAAUCGUUCAAGAACAAGCUUGCAAAUGUCCGGAAGGCUUCAACGGGCAGCGUUGCGAGAAUAAGGAUAUAUCGAACAGAAGUAGUAUGUCCCAUUCCUACACAUGUAAACUGGGCCUCUCGAUCACAUACUACUGUUAGCCAGCGAAGCGCAGGCGCAUAACCCACCUCGUUCCAAUUUUAAAUUUAAAAUUUUUAGCUCGCGACUUUCCGACGCACUCGGCUGGACUGUUAAAACUUUUACGUUUUACGAGACAGAUAUUUGCAUCUAUUUGUAGAUUUACAUUAGUUUUUUUGAAAAUUAUCAAUGUUUAAUACAUUUUUAUACGUUUUAUAAUUUAUGCUAACGGUAUCACGUAGUACUUUAAUUUGGAAUGCAAUAUUUUUAAAGAUUUUUAUAAUGCAAAACUUUUUAGUUUUCACGGCCCAAGCCCAGUGUUUCCAUCGCGUGCGCUUGUAGGAAAAAUACGAGAAUUUAAUACGAGCUGUCUCAAUUGUUGCGACAGUUUAUGAUGCUGAAUGCUUAGUUUUUUUAGAAGCCAAACGUGCUUAUGGCAUUUGUAAAUAAUAAUAAAACACGUUUUUCAUGAACCUCGAGUCUGAAAAUUGAUUCGAAAAUUUAACUUAUUAAUUUUUACUCGUUAUUAUCUAUCGCUUUUACUUAGGUAUUUUUCAUUUGAGAUCGGUUACUUUUGAACUUCAUUGAGCUUUAAAUUACUAUUAAAUUAUUUUACUAAUAGCCCAGUGAGAUUAUAAACUUUUAAGUAUUUCCAUUUUACAGUUCCAACAAUUAUAUCGACUAUAAUUAUAAUUGAACUGAUUUCUCUAAACAUUUCACGGGUUUUAUCGAUUUUUUUGGUGAUAACCGAACAAAGUCUAUUGUAAGACUUAACUUUAUAUAUUAUUGCAAAUAGUGCUAUUUCUUUAUCUUUUACUAUGAGCGAUAACAUUUGAAAUCUAUAUUUUCUUCUAUUAUUGAAGAUGUAAAUAUUUUAAACAUUAUUUGUAAUAUUUGCAAUUUAUUAUUUUUAUUAUUAACUUUAAGGUUUGAUAACUAGUAGUAUGUAAUAUUAUGAUAAAGAGACUUGCAACUUAUGUACAUAUCUAUUAGGGUAAGGGUUUUUUUUUACAAAAAGUAUCAUUUCUGAAAACAGUAUUGCUUACCUACUUGCUAUGUAUUUGACUUUCCAUUACAUAAUCUUUAUUUAGAAAUAAUGCCAUUCCUAAAUAACACGAGAGAUAAUUUAACUACUUAAAAAAUAAUACUUCAAACAUUUUUGCAGUUACCCGCCAUACAAAUACAUGAAAAUGCAUCUUUAAAGAUACUACUGUUCUUUGUAAAGCAUAGCAAGUACAGUAAAAAAGAAAUUAAAAGGCAAUUCCCAUAUUUUCACCGGUCCGUUACAUCACCUAGUCAGAUACCAGUUUUAACUAUAGCUAGGUAGUAAUAAAUAAAUUAAUUUUUAUUUAAUUUUAUGAGUGUGUCUAAUUGGACGUAUGGUUGUGGAUAUAGCGAUAACAUUUGUUUUAUUUCUCUGAUUUUUCUAACUCGCUAUAUGGGACCGAAACUUGCACAAUAGUUUUAUAUAAUUCUUGUUGUUUCGUUUUUUCUUUUUCAGUUUGUAUAAAGUUCUCUACAAAUUUAAGUUCACUAUUUAUAUUAUGUAAUUAAAGUAGAAAAGUGACUAUUUAUUUUUAAUAAAAUUUUGAGGAUUUUAGGGCAUUUAUACGUCUCAAAUGAAAUGGCGUCGUUCGGGAAAAUUCGGAACUCCUCAGUAAAUAUUUACGGCAUCAGAAGUACUUAAAAGCUUUUCAAUUGAAUAAAUACCAUUUGGCUGAGCACUUGUAUCGUGGAUGUCAGUAUUUUGUUUGAAUGACGUCAUUACAUUUUGAACAGUUUUGUAUUCUCACAACAAAUAUUAAGACGCGAACACCAUGUUAAGUCAAUGUAAUGGAUAUACCAAAACGACAAUAAAAGAAUGAGUGUUGGAAUUAACAGAAAGGCGACAA